AUGGGACUCACCUGCUUCAAGUCUUGGAAGUACAACAGCGCCACUCAGAAAGGUGAGUGAGAUGUCAACCCUUGCCUCACACACUCCUCCUAUCAUACUAUCCAUCAGCCAUUAUCAUGAGACAGGUCUUGGUCAUUUGAACCUGGCUUGGGCAGGUCUACUUUGUGAUUGUUUCCUCAUAUUCAGCAGAAAGUAAGCAUGCUUUACUGUGACCAUAGUGAAAAAGCUAAAUGUAGAGUUACUUUACACUACAACCUUUGGAAAUACUUCAGUACUUUUACCAUUCAUAUUGCUUUUUCAUAAUAUGCAUCAAUAAAGCUAAACUCAAGGCAAAAGUGUGAGUUAUGAAGAAUCUUUCUACUAAUGUUUCUACUUGUUGAAAAUGAAAUACUUGCACUGAUGUCCUUAUGUGGCCAAAUGUCAUUACAGUUCAGUUCAUGUGUAUGGCAGAUGAUUCAGUGUGUACAGACCAUGCUUGAUCAUUUCUAAUUUGAUCAUAUCACUAUGGAAUGCUGGGGGUAAGAGGAGGGCAACUCAAAGAGCAUUAAUUACAUCCCCAAGGGAGAAUUGGGUCAUCCAGUCCUGAUGUACUUUCCCCUAUCAAACACUCAUAUGCAGAUAACAUGGGGCUCCGAGGGGGACCAGAGAGUGAUGUAGUGAUGUAGUGAUGUAGUGUCUCUUGGUGCCCUUGAGUGACAUCAGUGCAUGUUCAUUGGUGUUCCGAGGUAGGAGGAAGGGGGGCAGGAGAGGAAGAGUACAUUAAAGCUGUUAUAACCAGGCCCCUGAUUUACAGUACCUGAUGGAUGUGGGACAGGGAGGGGAGGAGGGUACUCAAAAUAAUGAGCUGAGGGAGGGGAUGAGAUAGGGAUGAGACAGUCAUCUGACAAAAGACUAAAAGAUUGAGCAUCAUUCUACUAAUUGUAAGUUCCUCUGGAUAAGAGCGUCUGCUAAAUGACUAAAUGUACAAUGUAGAGAAAUGUGGACAAACAGGCUGGAGUGUAAUUUUUGUUAGGAAAGGCUUGUUCUACCCCAUAACGCUGUUGCAUUACACUAAAUAAUCUUGGAAUGAAAUCACUUAACUUUCCUGAAUCAAUAUAAAUAAUUGAGAGUCUCUGAUAAAGAUCACACACUGUACACCCACAUCACAUGUAGGGUCUGCUCAGCUCCGUUAUCGCAGCUUAGGUUGAGGAAUGCCUUGUAUUCAGAGCUGCUUGGAACAGGCUAUUACAGUAGAGGUGUAGCUAUUGAUAAAGCCACUUAGAUGGACUUAUUUUACAUCGCUGUCCUUGUUAAGAAACGUGUCUCGCCUGAAAUGAAUCACCGUCCGCACUCUUUCCCAGAGAAUGUGUGCAGAAUUGAGAGCACCAUUUUUAUUGCCUCCAGAACCCCAUAACUUGAUUUAUAUCUCCGGGAAAAAUGUAUGAAAAAAGGCAGCAAGAGUUUUAAUUAAAUUAUGAAAAUCAAUGAGCUCCUCUUCCCUUGUUGAACCCGAGAAGUGCUUAAAGAUAAGGAAUGGCCACCUGAUUCUAUCCGGGCUCUUGUCCAGCUAUCAUUCUAGCAGAGAGGACACAGUGACCGGAAGGAGCUAGAAUCACGUCCUGUACUAUUACAGAAAAAUGGCCUGUUUAAUUGUCUGGAAUUAAUCCCAACAACUCGCAGUCGGCAAGCAUAAAUCACACGUACAGGAAAACCAUUCUUCUGGGACUGGUGUAUAUACAGUAGAUCAUUGAACAUUACUACAGCACUCCCACUUGUUAUUUCCAAGAAAGCCCACUUGUGUACAUAAGGAUCCUGCACUGCUUUUCCCAGCACCCACACUCUUCAAAGAUGAACAAGAUUUCAAAGAGAAGGAGAGUGGGGAUUGUGAAAUGCAUGGAAUGAAAAACAGUAUUAAUCUGUAUCGCCAUUUAGGGAUUUGUCAUGUUUGACUGGUGCUGUGGUGUGACGGUACGACCAUGAGAGGAUCUCAGUCUGUGGGCCUGUGGAGACAGGCAGAGAGGACAGACACUGACACUGCAUAUACCAGUUCAUUCACGCACAUUCUGACCCUCUCUCUGUUUGAGUGAAGGAGAGAUGAAAAUACCUGACCUGCACUAUCAGAAUUACUGUAAUUGUAACUAGGCCACUCAGGAACAUUCAAUGUCCUUGUGUUUUAGGUUAUUGUCCUGCUGAAAGGUGAAUUUGUCUCCCAGUGUCUGUUGGAAAGCAGACCGAACCAGGUUUUCCUCUAUGAUUUUUCCUGUGCUUAGCUCUAUUCCGUUUAUUUUUCAUCCUAAAAAAUCCCUAGUCCUUGCCGAUGACAAGCAUACCCAUAACAUGAUGCAGCCACCACCAUGCUUGAAAAUGUGAAGAGUGGUACUCAGUGAUGUGUUGUGUUGAAUUUGUCCCAAACAUAACGCUUUGUAUUCAGGACAUAAAGUAAAGUUUUAGCAGUUUUACUUUUAUUCUGUACAGUCUUCCUUCUUUUCAUUCAGUCAAUUAGGUUAAUAUUUUGGAGUAACUACAAUGUUGUUGGUCCAUCCUCAGUUUUCUCCUAUUACAGCCAUUAAACUCUGUAACUGUUUUAAAGUCACCGUUGGCCUCAUGGUGAUAUCCCUGAGCGGUUUCCUUCCUCUCCAGCAACUGAGUUAGGAAGUACGCCUGUAUCUUUGUAGUGACUGGGUGUAUUGAUACACCAUCCAAAGUGUAAUUAAUAACUUCACCAUGUUCAAAGGGAUAUUACGUGUGUGUGUUUAAAAAAAAAUAAACAUCUACCAAUAGGUGUCCUUCUUUGCAAGGCAUUGGAAAACCUCCCUGGUCUUUGUAGUUGAAUAUGUGUCUGAGAUUCACUGCGCGACUGAGGGACAUUACAGAUAAUUGUACUUGUGGGGUACAGAGAUCAGGUAGUCAUUCAUUCAACAAUCUUGUCCAUGCUAUCUUGUUAAGCACAAUUUAAUCCUGAAUUUAUUUAGGCUUGCCAUAACAAAGGGGUUGAAUACUUAUUGAAUCAAGACAUUUCAGCUUUUCAUUUUUAAUGAAUUUCAUUCACCCACAAUCAUCAUUCAGAAUGACUACCAGGGUUAGAAAGAUGAAUAAAUGAAAUAUACCUAAUUUAUCUAAACUGGAACAACCAGUUCAGUAACGGUACAAUAGGUCCAACUAACAGAUUGGAUUAGCAUAAACUGGUAACCAGCAUCCCAGCAUAAGAUCGUCACCAGCAUACCAUCAUAAACUGGUCACCAGCAUCAUCAGCUUGACCAGCUGGUUGGCCAGCCUAACCAGCUAGACCAUGCUGGUCAGACCAGCUUGUCCAGCAUGGACCAGCUUAAAAUUUUGGCUGGUCUGCAGUUUUUCAGCAGGGCUGCAGUCACGCGUCUUUGCUAUCUGUCUGUGACUCUUUCUCACCCUCUCUCCAUCCAUGCCUCCCUCCCUCCAUCACAGGUGGGAACAGAGACGUGCUGGUCAGCCCUGGCUCAUAUUUCUUCCUCUCCAACAGCUGUGGUCAGGGAGAGGAGUGGCUCAAGACCCUCAACAAGGGUGUCUGGAUACCCUUUACAGGUAGCAUCACUACUACAUACAUAUACACUACUAAACGCUCAUUACCACACUCAAAUGCAUACACUUGGCGCUCUCACUGUCUUGAACAAACAAUCAAUUCAGUCACGCCAUAUCAUUUAUUUCAGUUCAACAGACCAGAGUCUGACUCCUCCAGUCUCUACAGGGCUUAGCCCAACCCUGUGUGUGUGCAUACCUGAGCCUCACCUCCCCUCUGCCUCCUUGGUGGGCACAGCUGUGUGUCUGCCUUGGCUGGGUGCCUGCUGGGCUUCACGCCAUACCCAGUUUGCACAUAACAUUCUCAGAACCAUAUGCAAGGGUAAGGGGGAUACCUAGUCAGUUGCACAACUGAAUGCGUUCAACCAAAAUGUGUCUUCCGCAUUUAACCCAACCCCUCUGAAUCAGAGAGGUGAGCUGCCUUAAUUGACGUCAUCAGUGCCCGGGAGCAGUUGUUGUUAGGGGUCAGCUGUCUUGCUCAAUGGCAGAACUGCAGAUUUUUCCAACUUGCCAGAUCGGGGAUUUGAACCAGUGAUCUUUCAGUUACUAGCCAAACACUCUUAACCGCUAGGCUACCUGCCUCCCAACACAAUCUCUUUCUUAGAGCUUGGUGAGAGCGUGGUUGUCCUAUGGAUAUUUUGCAUACAACCUUCCCACAACUUUCUGGUAAUGGUGCCGGACAGUUGCUUGGCUUUGGAACAUUGUCAGCACAUUUAAGGAACUUGACAAAAAAUAUUAUUUUCAUUACUUUAACAGAACUUUUCCUAAAACUUCAAACAUGGUUACAUGUAAUACGCAUUUUGGUGAUAUUCUAUGAAUUGGGAAUGUUCAACAACAAAAAAACGUUAUUCUGUGGGAAUUUUAGAAACUACAGGUUUCCUCAUGAUUCUAUUUAAAGUAAUGUUCUCAAAUCACAGGAGGUUGGUGGCACCUUAAUUGGGGAGGACAGGCACGUGGUAAUGUUUUGCCCAUCUUAAUCUUUAAUUUUUAUUGGCCAGUUUGAGAUAUGGCUUUUCUUUGCAACUCUGAAGGUCAGCAUCCCAGAGUCGCCUCUUCACUGUUGACGUUGAGCCUGGUGUUUCACGGGUACUAUUUAAUGAAGCUGCCAGUUGAGGACCUGUGAGGCGUCUGUUUCUCAAACUAGACACUCUAAUGUAUUUGUCCUCUUGCUUAGUUUUGCAACGGGGCCUCUCACUCCUCUUUCUAUUCUUUCUAUUCUGGCCAUUUUGAGCCUGUAAUCGAACCCACAAUUGCUGAUGCUCCAGAUACUCAACUAGUCUCAAGUAGGCCAGUUUUAUUGCUUCUUUAAUCAGCACAACAGUUUUCAGCUGUGCUAGCAUAAUUGCAAAAGGGUUUUCUAAUGAUCAAUUAGCCUUUUAAAAUGAUAAACUUGGAUUAGCAAACACAACGUGCCAUUGGAACACAGGACUGAUGGUUGCUGAUAAUGGGCCUCUGUACGCCUAUGUAGAUAUUCCAUAAAAAAUCAGCCGUUUCCAGCUACAAUAGCCAUUUACUACAUUAACAAUGUCUACACUGUAUUUCUGAUCAAUUUGAUGUUAUUAUAAUGGACCAAAAAAUUUAUUUUAUUUUGAAAACAAGGAAAUUUCUAUGUGACCCCAAACUUUUGAACGGUAGUGUAAUUUAUCUUGUCCUUGAUUGCAGCCCAUUUGUGUAGGGCAUGUUAUUAGCCAGACAAAACCGCUGAGAUCAACAAUCGUGGCAAAAUGUAUCCUCAAGCCUACUACUUUUUUCAUAGUUUUUUGGCUAUUUGAUGUUUAAUUUUUUGAAAAAGUAUAUAAAUAGCAGCUAACUACUGUAUAUAGCUAUAGAUAGUAGGUUAAACUGCAUAAUGAAACAAUCCAUAGUAAGCUAGUGUUUAGAAGGUGGACUGACAAUUUUUUAAAUGAUAAUGCCUGAGAAGCCUGUGUUUGGAGGACAAACAACCAAUGUGAAACCAAAAACAUACGUUCCCACAACUUCCAAAGAACCAAAUGUAAUAGCUGGGUAGUUACCCAAAGAGUAAGUCAACCAGAACCAGCAAUCCCUAAUUGGCAAGCCUGGUGAACUCAAUGGCAGCAUUGGGGUAGAUAAAAAGGCUAAAAAGGGUCUAGAAAGGGGUGGAAACCCGGUGUAAAUCAGUGACGCCUCGCAACACAUCAAAUCAAUCAAAUGCCUUCCUUGGGCGGAGAGUGUUCAAGCAGAGGAGUUGUAAUGCCUUCAUCGACUCGAUUGUGUGUAUAGAGCACACUUCUGACAAAACAUAAUUCUUUUUUUCCUCAAACUGUUCUUACAUUUUCUGCAAUGUUGCAAACUAGCAUACGCAACGACUCCGCAAAAUGUGUCCUACCUGGUUGGACAACAGUAACGAACAUAACACGCAGUACCCCUUCUGUGGGCGGAGGGUUCUUGAAAUUUAACAUCCAAUAAACAUUUUGCCGUUUCUGCUAAUACAAAAUUCUCCAGAGGUCCUAGAGGUCUGAAAAGCACAGAGGGAGUACACACGCGCAAGCACACAGGUUGAGCUGAGACGUGCAGGCCUAGUGCUGACUUCCCUUGUGAGGAAAUAUUGAUCCUUACACACAGACCUGAGACUGGCAUUGGAAGAAUGACUAACAUAAUCAUCCUUUAAUAUUUCCAUCAAAGAACUACAGCAUCAGGCGAUUCAGGCCAUCACAGAGGGAAUACACUGGGUCAAAAUACUCGUUGUUGUACUCAUAAAGACCUGAAUGUCCUUAGAUUACUUGUGUGCCUAUCACAGGAAUCUGACCCCAUAGCCUGGUCAAUGCACAGCAACACAUUUCACAAGAGAGAUUAACAUUCUCAAUGAAUUCCCCACACCACCCCGGAGCAGUUAGUUCUUCCAUCGCUCAGUCUAUUGCCUGUCUCCGACACGUCCUUCAGGAGAGAGAUUUUCACAGAUUAGAGGCCAUCAUGGCUCACUGAGGCCAUACAUCCACCUCAUUAACAUCCAGCUAAUGUCCAGCAAGAGAGCCAGAGAGCCAGAUUCAGCUGGGGCUGGGGCCAGUUUAGCCCCAUAUAGUCUUGGACCACCAGGGGAAAGGGGUGGUUCAUAAUGGCUCAGUGGAAAAUUAUUCUGAGGGAGCUGGCUGCCUGCAGGCAGAGUAGUAUGCUAGGACAGAGGAGAGUGGGGGGACAAAAAGGGUUCUAACUCAUUUACUUUUAGUCAAUCUGUGACACUGUUCUCCCUUGUUAAUGAUUCCCGGGCAGGGAGAGAUAGGAGAGACAGAGGGUGCCGGCGCCACCUUGGCCAUGCUCCAGUGAGUAUGGUGGGGAAUAGUUUGAUAAGGGAGGGAGGUGGGGUAGAGAGAGGGGGUGGAGUAGGCAGGGGCUGGGGAGGGGGCUGAGCCAGGCUAAAUAAAAGAGAAAGAGUCAAAGACAUAACACUGUGUACUCAUACUUAUGGUUGGACUGUGGGGAUCUUUGAAGGAACCCUAAGGACUACGACCUGAGGGAACAAACAUAAUCGAAUUGGUGAAAAAGAUAGCAGCUCAAGGGAGGACUGAGAGUGUAUUGGAGAGGGAGGGAGGUAUGACACUGGCUGUGUGAAAACAUUGGCAUGAGGAGGAAUGGAUGGGACAAGGAGGGAGAGACACGUGCCGCAAGGACACAGCUUGCUCCUCUGGACAAACUAAGUGGUGCUAACCAAGCAAAAUUACUGCUGGACAACGCUGGAACACUAACGUCAUCUCCUCUGGGUAGGGAGGGAAUAACAGACUCCCUGUGGCUGUCACAGUCAACACUGCUAUAAUAACAGGACACCUUCUUCUAGGAGAGCUGGCAGCUAAGUGGACUCUUUUGUCAACACAAUCCAGCCUGAAAGUGUUUCCUCUGGAUUUUCAAUGCUCACCAGAUUGAGUUCAGAUAAGCAUCGUGGAAGGACUUGCGCCCUGGGAACCAAGUCUGAGGUGAGCGUGAGAGGUGCCGAGCUACUGUACAAUUGCCCCCUCGAUACUCUUUAUCUGCAUUCAGCAACAACAUGUGGAGUAACUUUUCGGACAUUUACAAUGUUUAGUGGUGAUAAGGACCUGUUUUAUCAGUAGAACAUUUAGUGUUGCUGGACUCUCCGAUCUCCUGUGAAAUAAUUAUCUUAGGAAUCUAAAGAGGGGACCUUAGCCACCAAAAAUAAAGAGGGGAUUUUACUUUCCAAAGUUCAACAUCCCGUAUUACAUUUUGACACGGCUCAUGUUCCCAUGGUUGUUCUAUUCAUUGGGAUGUUUGCUCCAUUGCAUGCCUGAGUGAUUGUGAGUUUGUGAUAUGUCAGGCAUGUCACAAUGCUUCUUCUUGUAGGAUGAAAUUAUUUCCAUUGGAAUGCUCAUUCAUCUGAUUAGGUCACAUAGUUGAGCUCAAGGACCAUUGUUCAGCAUUGACAAGGAACGUCUCUGCCUCCUCAUUUCCUGAGUCAUCAGAGCAAAGAGCCUUAUCUGUUUACCUGAAGAGAGAAAAGGAGGCGGGGAGAGGAGGAGGGAGGGUGAGAAGAAACACAACACAGAGUACCAGCCAGGAGAGAGUUUACAAAACAAAAGAGAGGUAGAUAGGGGUGGGCCGCUUGGGAAAGAAUGCACUGGUCUAAGCAGCGACAAGCUGUCACAGGCCAUCCCAUCAAACAGCCAGACUGGCCAAAGAGGAGAGAGGGGAAGAAAAGAGGUGAAAAGGAGAGUGAGAUCUGGACGGGGAGAAAAUAAGUGUGAAGAGAACAGAGAAGAUGCCGGAGAACAAGGCGACAGCGUGCAGGACCAGCAGCUACCUGUCCCACUCUGCUUACAGGAAGAUCAAGCGGGUGCUGAGCUUCAGGAGGCGUGAGUAUCUCAGGCCCACAGAGACACACAGAGACACACAGAGACACACAGUGUGAGGCAGGCUGCGUAGACAGGUGGUUUGGAGUAUGGAGGGUUCGAGUACACUUGUCUGAAGAAAGGAAAAUCCCUGAACCAUCAAACUAACACUCUAUCAUCCUCCGUUUAUUCAUUUAGCCUGGGUGAUCUUAAACUCUCUCUCCUCAGGCGUGUUUGGCCAACGGUUGGAGGAGACUGUUCUGUACGAGCGGCGUUACGGGGUCCACAUGGCACCUCUGGUGGUGGAGCAGUGUGUGGACUUCAUCCGGGAGCGGGGGCUUCUGGAGGUAGGGCUGUUCCGCCAGCCAGGCCAGGCCACGCUGGUCAAAGAGUUGCAGGAUGCCUUCGACGCUGGGGAGAAGCCCUCCUUUGACAGGUAAGAGCACUCCAGUCAACACAAACAGAAACACCACAGUUGAAAAUGAAAUUAGACCUAUUCUCCAGCUAUAUCUGUAUGUUCCGUUAUGUGUAGGUGCGUGCCCCCAUACGGUGGUAGGGAUGUGCUGUAUUCUAAGUGUGUGUGUGUAUUUGUCAUCCUAGCAGUACAGACGUGCACACCGUGGCGUCUCUCCUGAAGCUUUAUCUGCGGGAGCUGCCAGAACCACUCGUGCCCUUCUCCAGAUACCAGGACUUCCUGGUGUGUGGCAAAAAGAUAUCCUCUGAGAGGAAGCACGUAAGUCUCCGUCCAGCUGCAUCAUGCACGCCAUGCUGAGAUACAUCUGAUAAACAGAGACAUAACACAACCACCAUCCUCUGAUCUAAAAGUUCUAAGGAGAAAUGUAAUUGAUAAAGUCCAUUGAUGGUAGCGCACUACUUGCAACAAUAUCUUCCCCGGUGUCCCCAAGGGUUUGACAGAACUACAGCAUCUUAUUCAUGAACUUCCAGUGGCUAACUUUAACCUGCUAAACUACAUCUGCCAGUAAGUCUACAAUUUACCUGUAAUUCAUUAGUAAUUAUCUCACAUCAAGAUAACAUCAAAUCUGCAUACAACAUACCUCACUUUCAAUGCACUUUCAAUGCAAUGCAAAUAUAAUUGUUUGAAUCACUAUAGACUUGGCCUGUGGCGCAGUUACAGUAGCUUACAACAUACAGAACAACAAACAUUAACAUCUGUUCAACCAUGACACAUUUCUGUAUGUUAUGUAGCAGCUGUGACAAAAUCGACCCUGCCCAAGUCUCAUGCGGAUAAAUCACUGCCAAUACAGGUUUUUGAACGAAGUCCAGUCCUAUUCCAGCGGCAACAAGAUGAGCACCCAGAACUUGGCGACUGUUUUCGGGCCUAACAUCCUACGACCCAAAGCUGAAGAUCCAGAGAGUAUCAUUGGAGGUGAGUGUGUUUCAGAAAAAAGGACAUGAAUCAGAGAUAGCCUACAGAUAUAGAGCCAGACAGAGACAGAUAUAGACAGAUAAAGAUAGGGGCUGUGUCUGUCUGUCUGGGUGGCCUUGAGACAGUGUUUAUAUCAACACAGUGUUGUGUAACAUGCUGCGUGCAAUGUGAUGCUGUUUGUAUGUUGUUUGUACCAUACGUGUCCUGCUGUGACUCAGUGUGUGUCCGUCCUUCUGUUCCCCAGGGGCAGCCGUGGUGCAGCAGCUCAUGUCUGAGCUGAUCAGGGAGCACCGGUGCCUUUUCUCCAGGGAGGGGAGAGACGUAGACGCCCCCGGUUCCUCACGACCAGACUCUUACCCCUGUCAUAUAUGGAAAGGAGACCCAUUCGAGGGGGCGCACACCCAGCCCCAGUCGCAUGACUCCAGGCUGGGCAUAACAGCCAAGCUCCUCCCCCAACAACAGCUAGCCCACCAUCCUUCCCCUUGCUCCCGCCAGCUCUCCGUGCCUCUGAUUGCUGAGAGGAGAGGGUCGGCCCAAAGCCGGCGUGAAACCAGCUUAGCCUCACGCCUGUUCAACACAGACAACCAGCAGCCAGCUGAGGGGUUCUCUCCAGUGAUCCCUGCUGUUGGGUCUCUGUACCACAGAUACACUCCGUCCCAGUCAGAGUCCCAGCCCCCUGAGAAAGCACACAGCCCCCACCUUCACCCUCACCCUGCCUCCCCACUCACAGCCUCUGCUUCCACUGUGACGAUACAGGCUGACCCAGACCACAGCAGCAUGCUGCCCAGUGGCUGGACAGGCCCAGAUGAUCCCAGCUGGGCUGCAGAGCAGGGGACCACUGGCACCAGUGGAAGCAGUGAGGCUCAGGACAGCACUCUGUCUGUCUAUGACAACUUGGACACACUCCAAUGCAUGGAUGAGGUGGCUGCUGAUGGUGGUGCGGGCAGCCCAGCUGGUACAGUGGAGGUGGAGGCGGGCACGGCAAGCGUGGCAGACACCAGCAACUCCUGGUCCUCCUUUGAGAUCCUGCACCUGGACGACAGUGGGAGUGGUGUGGUCAGAGCUAGCCUAGGACGGGGGUCCACCAGGUUCCCCUCCUUCAGGACUGACCCAGGAGAGGAGGACCUCCAUCCUAACUCCCCAGCCUCCUCCUCUGUCCCCAUUGAUGACCCCCUGAGCACGGGCAGCUCAGAGGUCUUCCUGCCCUCUGCUCCUCCUGACCCCCACGGCCCCCCGGCCUCCCAGGCCAUGUACUGUCUCCUGGCUGGCCUCAGGCAACAGAUGGCCAGGCAGAGGGCUGAGUUCGAGGCCAAAAUCCAGAGGUAAUGGAGCUGUGAAUAAAUCAUGCCAAUGCAUCAGCAGUCCUUUUCAAAUGUCCAUAUAUAUUCUAUAUACAGUCUUCAACAUGUGUCAGGUUACGCUAACAUGAUGUGAUGUUACAUGUUACGUGCUGCACCACAGUCCUGUUGUACCACCAGUGUGAAAGCUGUGUGUGUGUAACUCCUUGCCCCCCUCUCUCCUGUCUCUCCCAGGUUUGAGCUGCGUAACGAGGCCCUCCAUGGGGAGGUGGUGGGACUGCGGGCCAGCCUGGAGCAGCAGCGCCGCUGGUACAGCGUGGCCGAGAUCAAGAUCCGCAAUGUGGAGCGUGCCCGGGCCGACGCCGACCGCCGCAACACCACGCUGCAGAGGGAGAUGGAGCAGUUCUUUGACACCUUCGGAGAGCUGAGAGCUGAGACCAGGAAGAGCGAGCGCAUCGUACAGAGCUUCUGA